AUGCCAAGAAGCACAGUGACCCUUCGCGAACAAACACGAUCACUGUGCACAUGGGAGCGAAAACGCACUGCUCUACCUCUGAGCGCCCAGGCGGCAGGAGCCUCGCGGAGCCUGACACCCAGGGCGGAGGCUCUGAGGGCGGGACAGCGCAACCGGACUCCUCCCUUAAUUGAGCGGGCCGAAGAUUCGACUCUCCUCUUCCUCGCCUUCCUCGUCGCCGCACUACAGAGCAGCCUGCAGGAUGUGUGUCGGCGAUGGCGCCGCUUCGAUCCCCGGAUUGUGAUGAGCCUAACCUACAAUCCGAGGAGCCUGAGGUGGGUGGAGUCUAGAACAACCAGAGGUUUAAGGCGAGAGGAACCUAAAGUGGGUGGAGCCCAAAGUAGGCGGAGCCCUGAGGCUGAGGGUCGCGGAGGAGAUUGGGGCUACUGGGUAAAGCAGACGCCCACCAAAUGGAAACUUUCAGAUUCUUCAACACAUUGCAGAGGACCCAAAGAUAAAAUUAUCGCAGCUGAAGUUGUACUAGGAACAUUACCAAAGGUUUCCCAGUUUCUCAAUGACCGUAGUAAACAAUCAAUCUCUGGACUGCCUCCAGAACCUGCUGAGUCAAAAUAUUAACACCUUCGGGGAGUUCAGCAUCAAAAGGUGAAAAGGUAUCAACAACAAAAUGUCUUUAAACUAGAAGACAUUCUUUGUAAGACGUUGGGUUUCAGUGUCUGCAGGAAGAUGUUUCUUGUCAUUGAAGGACUGAUAACAAAGGAGCAGAAUCUAUGUAUCCUGGUAACAGCUCAGUACUGCCAAAAAUUGCUUUUUAGUUUUACAUGUUGCUAUCUAUGCCUUUGCCUUGUUGUAUCACAUCAUAAUAAAUAUGACCCAAUCUUUUUUCAAUCCAUUGGAAACUCAUUUAGUUUUAGAUGCCUGGAUAGGACGCUCAUUAAUGGAAAUGACAAAGGAAUAUCAAAAAAUUCUGAUACUUUCAAAUCUUCUUGCAACAGGAGAGAUCAACCUGGCCCUUUAAGAAUGACUGACAGUGGUACGUGGUUAAUAUCAGAAAUUCACAGUCACAUAGGACAGUAUGUUGACAAUUGUUCAGACAGUAAGUUGGCACAAGCCACUAAAGUCUGUUACCCGGAAUUUGAUGUGCCUGCAGUUUUCCCUAGAGAACGGAAGCAUUUCCCAAACAUUGCCUGCAGCUUCGACAAAGUUUACACCCCCAUCUUCUCUACAACACUAAAGACCUCAAAGCUCUCGGUUGUUAUAGAGGAACUAAGAAUGGACACAAGGAAGAGGAAGUCCUUUGGACUGUAA